CCGUCCAUGAACCAGACACGAAUGAUCCAAAGAAGGUUGACAAAAGGUUGAUCUUAAAAGCCUCCAUCCAGUUUCGAUUCCCUGCAACACAAGGAGUCUGUAGUUUUGUAAGCCAUAUUCGAUCAGGCUUUGGAGAUAAGGUAUUGGCUGAGUUCCUCUGCGAGUUAGGCCGUAGUUGCGAAACAGUGGAGAGGUUUGAUACUAAAUUGAAAGCAAAUGGAGCUGAGUUGCCUGAUUACGUUGUCCGUACAUUGUUAACUAUCAUUCACGCCAUUCUUCCUCCGGGUAAGAAGCGAAAUUCAGAUGAGAAGUUAAAGAAAGAGAGAGGCAGUGAUGGUGAGAAGAUCAAGUACAGUGCUCUUGAGAAAGAAAUUGAAGUUGAUGUUGGUAAUCGAUGUCGAGAAACUGAGGAUCCCGAGUUGUAUAUGGUUUAUAAAGGGACAGUAUCAAGAGUGAUGGAGACGGGUUGUUUUGUUGAGUUGAGGGAUUUUAAGGGUAAGGAGGGUUUGGUUCAUGUUUCGCAGAUUUCACGUAGGAGAAUUGGUAACGCCAAAGAUGUUUUGCAGCCUUAUCAGGAGGUUUAUGUGAAGGUGAUUUCGGUUUCAGGUGGGAAGUUGAGUCUUUCCAUGAGGGAUAUCAAUCAGAAUACUGGUAAGGACUUACAUCCGCUAAAGAAGAGCUCCGUGGAUGAUGAGUUCAGGGCUAAUGCAUCACGGCCUAUAGCUAGGAUGGAUCUUGAGGAGGAUGAUGCUGUCCGGUCGCGCCAGCAGCUGAAGAGAAUGAGCUCACUGGAGAAGUGGGAAAAGAAACAGUUGAUUGCUUCAGGGGUUUUGGCUGAGAAUGAGUAUACCAUGUAUGAUGAGGAAGGAGAUGGGUUGGCUUCUGAAGAGGAGAGUGCUGAGGAAGAGCUUGAGAUUGAACUGAAUGAGGAUGAACCAGCAUUUUUAAAUGGGCAUUCUAAGUAUUCUGUUGACAUAUCACCUGUAAAAAUCUUCAAGAAUCCAGAAGGGUCACUGAGCCGUUCUGCUGCUCUCCAAUCUGCUCUCAUCAAGGAGCGGAGAGAACUGAGGGGACAACAGCAGAAGACAAUGUUAGAUUCAAUACCAAAGGAUCUGAACCGUGCUUGGGAAGAUCCAAUACCGGAAACUGGUGAUAGACAUCUUGCAGAUGAGCUCAGGGGUGUUGGUUUAUCAGCUUCUAACAUACCCGAAUGGAAGAAGGACUCAUAUGGAAAAGCAUUGACUUUUGGACAGAGAUCAAAGCUCUCCAUUCAGGAACAGAGGAAGAGCUUGCCAAUUUACAAACUCAAUAAGGAACUAAUUCAGGCUGUGCAUGAUAAUCAGGUUUUGGUUGUAAUCGGUGAGACUGGUUCAGGUAAAACUACCCAAGUACCACAGUAUCUUGCGGAGGCUGGUUACACAACAAAAGGUAAGAUUGGAUGUACUCAACCUCGAAGGGUCGCUGCAACAUCUGUGGCCAAGCGAGUUGCUGAAGAGUUUGGUUGUCGUUUGGGGGAGGAUGUUGGGUACGCUAUACGAUUUGAGGAUUGUACUGGAGCUGAUACUGUGAUCAAGUACAUGACGGAUGGUAUGCUUCUCAAAGAGAUUUUGAUAGAUGAGAAUCUUUCUCAGUAUUCAGUCAUUAUGCUUGAUGAAGCUCAUGAGAGGACAAUCAACACCGAUGUUCUUUUUGGGUUACUUAAGCAGCUUGUGAAACGGAGACCUGACCUUCGCCUGAUUGUUACAUCUGCCACAUUAGAUGCAGAGAAAUUUUCAGGAUAUUUCUUCAACUGCAACAUCUUCACAAUUCCUGGAAGGACUUUCCCUGUUGAGAUAUUCUACUCCAAACAGCCAGAAAGCGAUUAUCUAGAUGCAGCACUGAUCACUGUCCUAGAGAUCCACUUGACAGAACCUGAAGGAGAUAUCCUUCUCUUCUUGACUGGUCAGGAGGAGAUUGAUUUUGCAUGUGAAUCUCUUCAUGAGAGAAUCAAAAGAUUGGGAAAAAAUGUUCCUGAACUGCUUGUUUUGCCAGCUUAUAGUGCNCUCGACUCGAACUCAACUCGAAUUCUUCUUUCUUCUCACAAGCUGAGCUCGUUAAACCAAAAACUCGGUUCGGUUCGGCUUGUUAACAACCCUAGGUAA